AGCGUGGGUGACCCGAAACAGCUAGAGACUAUUAACUUUUUGAAGUAGUCUUAGGUACCUAAGGUAGUUUAGCAAUAUACCUGCAAGUUAGGUCUCUCACACCUUUAUCAGCCAUCGCAUCACACAAGCUAUGCGCAUUAUGGCCUAUGGGCCUAUUAGAGAUUAAACUUGGUGUAGUAUACCAAUCUUAUUUGUUAGGUCUUAUUUGCUAGGAACAAAUAGCGAACCCCUCAACGGGGUGACUACCUACUUUGGGAUCCGGAUUGACGUUAUUCGCGGGGUAUUUGAUCUCAUUUAGAGAUAUCCUCAUCGCGCCUUAACGAUUCGCCAAAGAUAGCAAAUCCAAGAGAUAAUAAACCCAUUGACGUGAUUUAGCUAAUUAUUGAUACAACCAUUAUACUUGGUGUAGGAGUUAGGUAUGGGGUUGAGAUAUUCUUAUAUAUAGAAGGUAGUUAGAAGUUCGGCAUAUUUGAAAGUUAGAGUCGGAAUCUAAGGGUCGCUAUAAUUAAUCAAGAAUAUUCUUUCGAACACUAAUUGAUACUUAGGCACCUACCUAGUCUAUUAUCAUGGCACCUCCAGCAGCGGAUGUUGACGUCCAAUCCGACGUGCAGGGGCAACAGACUACCAAGAAGUCUGUCGGUCCUGUUCCCGUCAAGACAUCGACCAGUUCUAGACUUGACGGACCCCUAAAAUACUCUGGAAGUCUCGACUCAUAUGAGCAAUUUGAUGUCACCAAGGUCAUCGGGCGCGAAUUCAGCAACCUUCAGCUCAGUGAGAUUUUACACGACGACACUAAGAUUCGUGACUUGGCAAUCCUCGUCUCUGAGAGGGGCGUCGUGUUCUUCCGAAACCAGGAUAUCAACAUUGACGACCAAAAGCUGUUGGGCGACCGACUUGGACAACUGACCGGCAAGCCGGAAACGUCCAAACUUCACCGUCAUGCUCUUUCAAACGGCAAACGAGGCAUCCCUAUUGAUGAGAAUGGCCGUCUCGAUGAUGAAGUAUCUAUUAUCUCUUCCGAGCAGAACCGCAAAUUCUACAAGGAUCGAUAUACGGCCUUCUCUAAGAAAAUCGCUAGUCAUGGCUGGCAUGCGGAUAUCACGUUUGAGAACAUCCCUUCGGACUACGCUAUCCUCAAGAUCAUCCAACCACCUGAGGAUGUUGGUGGUGACACCUUGUGGGCAUCAGGCUACGAGGCUUAUGAUCGCCUCUCUCCGCCUAUCCAGAAACUAGCAGAGAGUCUAACCGCUACACAUAACCAACCAGGUUUUGUGCAAGUGCAGAAUGAUUUCGGUGAAGAGCUUAUUGACCAGAACCGAGGUUCUCCUGAGAACAAUGGUCUCGAUUUCAGAGCAGAGCAUCCCUUGAUUCGUACAAACCCUGUGACUGGGUGGAAGAGCUUGUUUGGCGUGGGUGGUCAGGUUGAGCACGGAUGGAUCAACGGAGUCACCGAGCGAGAGAGCGAGAUACUCAAGGCCUAUUUCCUCCAAUUAAUCGUGGAGAACCAUGACCUUCAGGUCCGGUUCAGGUGGAACAAGAAUGACCUUGCCAUCUGGGACAACCGCUCCGUCUUCCACACGGCUACAAAUGACUACAUCGGAAAGCGUCAAGGCAACCGAGUUGUGUCUAUCGGCGAGAAACCGUACUUUGACCCAAAUUCGAAGUCACGCCGUGAAGCUCUCGGACUUCUAGGGCCGUAGUUCGAAUAGUUCGGAUUAUGAUUAAAGUAUAACAGCAAGUAGUUUGAACUGUUUAAUGUUGGCUUGGAAUAUUUGGAGAGUUGGGGAUCAGUUCUGAUUAUGGAUAUGUCCGGGUUCCGAGAUUGCCUACAAUACAGGUAGUUCAAUGUUUUAUACAGAGUUCUCAAUUGAAAAUAAAACCCCGCCGUGUAUGUAAUAAGGUACCUGGUUCGAGAGACUCGGGAUGACCUGCGACUUCUAAUACAAUACCUAAGGUACGGUACUAUGUACAAUACAGUAGCGAAAGAAGUACCUAAGGCUAGC